UGCUAACUGGAUAUCGUUCAAGGCCCCCUCGAGCAUACCCGUACCGCGCUCUUUUUAGCCUCGGCGUGGGGGACGUGCAGCCGCUCCAGCCCACAGCUCAACCAGUGCCUGCAGGGUGCGAUGCAGCGCGCCAUCGCGGACCUGAGCGGAGGCAACGCGCAGCUGGGGACGCGCCCGCUGGACCCGCUCAAGGUGCAGAGCGUGCACCUGUCGCAGGGCGAGGGCCCGUUCGUCCUGGAGAUGACCUUCCACGACGCGGAGGUGGAUGGUCUGCGUGGCACCGUCGUGCAGGACGUGAGGGCGGACCUGGCGCGGGGGGAGAUUGUCGCCGACCUUCGCACUGACAGCCUGCAGCUGCGCGGUCCGUACGACGUGAGGGGGAGAAUCAUCCUCAUCCCCGUCAACGGCAAUGGCAUGGGCAUCGUCAGAAUGGACAAUCCUUCUAUGAAGAUGACUAUGCGCGGCCAUCAAGUGGUGGGUGAUGACCAGAGAAAUCGUUUCGUCGUCGACUCCGUCGACUUUGACAUGGUUCCUGAAAAGACUCACUUCAAGUUCAUCAACGAAGCAAAAGCCACGCAAGUGGAAAUCCUAACCCGAGUUGUGAACGAUAACGACAAAGCCAUCAUGGAAGCGCUCAGGCCAUCGAUCUCAGCUACGUUCGCUGAAGAGAUCAAGGGUUACGCCGAAACAAUUUUCAAACAAGUGGCGUUCGAUGAUAUGUUCGGCCCAUAAGCCGGAAAUGACGAA